AUUAGAGGCAUUAUCGAUGGACCAAACUAUCAGUCAAUCCGAGAUCAUUUGAACUUAUCAACAGACCAGCUCAAACAAACACUCUUCCAACUGGAAUAUCCUCAAGCCUAUGGACAAUACACUGUUCACUGCACAGAUGGAAGGCAUCGUGUUGAAGCAGCCAAACAUCUCUACGGUAACCAAGCAACCUGGACCGUACGGCUUCAUUUCUUCCCUCAUGAACCAAAGGAGCACGCGACUGAGACGCUGUACUCAGAUGGCGAAAUCUGUCGCAAUGCAAUCAUACAUUUCACACAGAGAAGAUACACGCUAUCGAGGGGUUGGGAAAGGGUCUUGUCUAAUUCCAAACAGAAAUGCCUCGCGGCUCUAUUAGGCCAUACUGAGAUUAUGGACGCAGUCAGCUUGCUACUUCCGUUCGCAGGACUAUGGCCAGGUUUACAAUUAGGCAAUUGGCUCAAACAUCUAGCAACCCGUUGCGACGAAUUGAUUAUCAUGUAUUGGCAUCACAUUCAUAAAAUUUGGAACACCAUCCUUGGAGGCCGCGAAGACCUUAAACAACUUCUCGAUGUCACAACUGUCCGCAAGCUUCAAUGCCGCGCUCCCGGCGCCAGCAAAGCAGACCGCACCGAGAUCAAACGAUCCAUGCUCGACGGAUCACUAUUUCGUCAUGUAACGUCGCCGAGCGACCGUGAGAUGAUUCGAAGAAAUGUGCUAGAGGUCACAACAAUCAUUCCAAGCAUUGAAUCAUUCCACAACAACAUGAUUUACAUAAGCAUUGGAGCCAAGAUAUUGAAAACGCACUUGAGUUUAGGCAAGACGCAGCUAGAUACUGAGCCACCAUACAAAAAUAACAAGAACCCUUUGUUCUUUGCUGAUGUCAAUAUUCGCCGAGGGACAUUGUUCAAAGAUUGCCUAGCUUGCUUCAACAAUCACCAACGUCCCAUCUUUCAAGUCACUGAGACAGAAUUUCAACCAUAUGAAGGGCGGGUUUCGCCGCCCUUGGCCUACUUGGAACUUUUUGUCGCGGCUCUGAGGAACUUUUAUCCUACUCUUUCUUCGGACUCGCCUUUGCGGGAU